UUGAUGUGGGGGUGUAGCAGAGAUGUGUUUCUCUCUCAGUUCAGUGAUGGAACAGUGAGCAACAGUUUCAGACCACUCAGUGCCACCUCUAAGGCUCUUUUAUGACUCCAUCUGCCAAGGAGGAUGGCUCCUAUGUUGAACUCAGACUGAGUUUUCUGAAACUCCUAACGCUCAGGAAGUGGAUUCUGUGGUCAGGGGGGCUGAACAGAUCUUACAAAAAUAAAGCAUCAUCUCUUUAAAGCAAAGUCUCAGUUCAUGUAUAGCUCAAGUACCUGUCAGCUCACCAUGCCCAAAUCUGAUCAAGCUUCUCUGCAUUCCUCCAGUGCCUGCCAGUUCCCUACCAAGAUUUAGAGCCCUGAAGACGCAGCGCCAGCUCGUAUCGUGGUGUAAGCAGUGCAAAGCGCAGUGCAAAGCGGCGGUGUUCCAGGCAAUCAUGCCAAGAUCUUUCCUAGUGAAGAGCAAGAAGGCUCACAGCUACCACCAGCCCAGGGCUAGCGAUGGCGACUACAGCACGCAGCAGGGCAAUGUCCUGGCUUACGCCUGUGCAGAGAGCCCCAUUAUGCCUGGGAUGAUGCAGUGCCGUUUCUCUCCGGUCUCCUCUAAUCUGGGAGAUGGCACAGACGUGUCGUCCGAUUCCCCUGGCAGCAGGGAGGGCAGCGUGUGUGAGACAAGCCCCUCUGAAUGUGAAGAUUUCUGGAGACCUCCAUCUCCUUCUGUCUCCCCAGCCUCAGAGAAGUCCGCCUGUCCCUCUCUGGAUGAGUCUCCGCCCUACUCCAUGCCCUUCAAACCAUACGCCUGGGACGAACUUGCGCGCUCGGAGCUCCGCCAGCUGGUGCAUAGUUACCGACCCACAGCGCUGGACAGAAGCUCCUCACUAUACGCAGAGCGGGAAGCACAAGCCCCGCCCACUUCUCUCUACAGCGCAGGUAGAGGCUUGCGCGGACUGUACGGAGGCUACAGACAGGCCAUAGGUCGCUAUGGAGACCCCAGAGGCCAGACGUCACUGUACGGGGAAAAGGCUCAGAGCAUCAAGGUGGAGUCCGACCUGCUCUGCACGCGGCUGCUAAUCAACAACGGCUCAUACAAAUGCCUUAAAUGCAGCAAGGUUUUCUCCACACCCCAUGGGCUUGAAGUCCAUGUACGUAGGUCUCACAGUGGUACACGGCCAUUUGCUUGUGAUAUGUGUGGGAAAACCUUUGGCCAUGCAGUCAGCUUAGAGCAACAUAAGGCAGUACAUUCCCAGGAAAGAAGCUUUGAUUGCAAAAUAUGUGGCAAAAGUUUUAAAAGGUCAUCAACACUGUCCACUCACUUGCUUAUCCAUUCGGAUACCAGACCAUACCCCUGUCAGUAUUGCGGCAAAAGGUUCCAUCAGAAAUCUGACAUGAAGAAGCAUACAUUUAUACAUACAGGAGAAAAACCACAUAAAUGCCAAGUUUGCGGCAAAGCGUUCAGCCAGAGUUCCAACCUGAUUACCCACAGUCGCAAACAUACUGGCUUUAAGCCAUUUGGCUGUGACCUGUGUGGAAAAGGUUUUCAGAGAAAAGUGGAUCUGAGGAGGCACCGGGAGACCCAACAUGGACUUAAAUGAACAUGAAAAAAAGUUCUGCUCUUGUUCCAUACAGGAAAUCCGCACAUAUAGCAGCCUGAGAACACUAUAUGAACUUCAACCUAAAAAAAUCUGUGGCGUUGACUCAUUACCACUAACGAUGGUGGAAUGUGCAAAAAUCUCAGUUUUGAGUUUACUCACCACGUUGUACCAUCAUACUCCUGACCUUCACAGACAGCAAGUCUUCUGUGACCGAGUUCCAACUGAUGACAAGAAAAUGUAAUAUACAUGGUACCACAGACAGUGUGGAGAUAUAAACCACCCUUAUGCGGUAACAACUAAAGACAUGCAAUCUGGGCCACCCGCUGUGAAGAACCAUAUGUAUCUCAGAGACUAAAACAAUGAAUUUGUGUGUGUGUGUCAAUAUAUUAUAUAUAUAUAUAUAUAUAUAUAUAUAUAUAUAUAUAUAUACACAUAUAUAUAUCUAUAUACACACACACACACACAUAUAUAUAUAUAUAUAUAUAUAUAUAUAUAUAUAUAUAUAUAUAUAUAUAUAUAUACUUUACACACAUACCAGUGUCAGCAUUUUAUUAUUACAUCCAUUUCAUAAAGGACCAUUUAUUCUCAUUAUUUUAUUCUCCUUUAUUUAAAGAUGACGUUUACUUUAUCUACAGGCCUAACGUUUUAUUACCCAGACAAAAGUGACUUUGACAGACAACUUAUGGUGUAUCCAGGAAACAGAACUUUCUUGUGCUUCUCCAGCAGUUUGUCAGUCUCCUGUCCUGCUGUGGUCUUGACUAAUAGUGAAAGCAAUCUAUCAAUCUUCCCUGUUGAUCUGGAAAGGAAACAGAAUGGAGGAAGGGGGCACAUGGUAAUGAUCCAGUCUGGUUAUUUCAGUUAUGUGCACUUGUGCAUUGUCUGUAUCUGUUGAGAAAGUAGAAGUACCCUGAUAGCUCCUAAUCUGCUUCCUUGAACCUAUGUCUCAGAUCUCAGAUUAGAAUUAAGAUAAUAAUGUUAGCAGACCUACACCCUCAAAGGGAAGCUUUAGCAAGCACAGUAUUAUAUGAAAGACAGUGGUGUACAACUAAAAUGCAGAUUGCAACUAUAUCAAUAGAACAUAAGAUUGUAAAAAUAGUCUCUCUUUCAUAAAUUGGUUGUAUGUUUUCCUUUUCUGAGCAAUAAAGGGGAGAUCAUACUCUAUUCAUAGACUUUUUAUGAGCAUGGCUUUCUGCAGAUGUUUCCAUAGGGGCAAUUUCCAUAACAUGUAACAGAACAGUGCCAUCUAACAUACUGUUUUGUAGAGAGAAACAUCUAACUAAACGUGUGUCUUAUUAAAAAGCAUUUUUCCCUUUCAGUGCUAUUGAGAAAAGCAUUUUGGCAGACCAACACAAGUUCAUAGCUUAAAUGCAAAUGAAAGGUUGUUUUUUGCCAGUUGCCCUUUAACUGAGGGGACUAUUGAGCAUAACAUACAUUCAGGGGCCCAAAUACAUGGCAUUAACAUAAAGUAAAGGAGAAUGUUUGUGAGUUUCCAUUUAAAUGUAAUCACUUACGAGAAGAAUAUGUUGGCUGAUAAACACAGUACACCUCUUAAAGGAGAACUAAACCCUAAAAAUGAACAUGGAUAGAAAUGCUACAUUAGAGAAUUUAUUGUAACAUCAGAGAGGUGCAGUAGCUUUAUAACAUUAAUGAUUCAUGCAUUCAAAAUUAUCCACAGGAACUCUCCACCUUGGAUCUUGUUAGGCCACCAUUUCAGUGUCAGUGGCAUUGCACAUGCUCAGUAUGCACACAGCAACUUCAUCUCCCUGGGCUUGUGAAUAAGCCCAAAAUAUAAUGUGCAGCAUUUCUAGCAUACUUCUUUGUUAAGCUUUAGUUCUCCUUUAAGGAAAUAGCAAAGAAGCAAGACAUAUAUAGAUUUACCUGAUAUUUUUAUGCUUUGAGUAACUGCUUAUCCACAAUUUUGCAUCUGUUUGUGAUUAUAUCACCAAAUAGAAGCAUAAUUAUCUUAAACUACUAUACAGUGUUUACUCAUGCUGGUUGCUUGUUAUUUUGUCUCCUCCCCCAUGUCUUUAUCCAAUAGCGCUUUAUCUGUAAUGCUUAAGCCUGUUAUUGUUUGGCUACAACCUUUGGAUGUCAGUGGAAUGCUAACAGUUGUAGUUAAACAACACCCGAAUGUGUCUGGUUGCCCAUACCCGAUAUCAGCAAUCCUUUAGCAAAUUCAUCAAGUACAUUUCCAUGAUCCCAUAGAUUGGAUCAAGUAUUAAAAAAUGACUCCUUCUUUUCUGAAAUAUGAAAAAUCUUAUUGCCAAGAGUGUGCCCCAUUCUGCCAAGACUUGCCACAUCAGAUGUUCAGAAGUACCGUACAUUUCCACCAGUUCAGUUUGAAUAUACAAAAAGGUAUAUAAGGCAUUCCUAAGGGCAAAGGCAAUAUAGGCCUCUUGAUUACUGCAACUGUCUCAAGGAAGUUGUAGCAACCAAAACAUGCUUAAUCAUAGAAACCUCAACUCCUCAUAGUCCAAUAAUUUCAGUAGCACCCACUUUAUGCUUGCAGACUACCAGUUCCCACUGCAAAUCUACAAAUCAAGUAAGGGAGCUGCACCUCCUAGGCAAUGUGAAAAGAUUAGAAAACGUUCUGGUGUUUGCAACUCUUUUCCAAGCAUUGGUCUAGGCAAAACACACCAUAGGGAAGCAGGAAAGGAGAGCUUUAAGAGAACACCAUGCUCAUUUUCUCCCUUGAUACUCGCUGGGUAUAUGAGUGCUUCACAUACAGUAUCAACAUAAACUUCUACUAGUGGUUAGGGAUAUUUUGAUUUUGCUUUAGUUUUUCCAAAGAAUGUGGCAGUAACCAAAUGUGACCUACAACAUUAGAUAUAUAUGUACAUUACUACAGUAGUACCACACAAACAGGAGGUAUUAAGCAAGGAGGCAUUAAAAAACAAAUUCUUUUAUUAUUGAUUAGAUCAGUUGGUUGGGAUAUCGUAGCAAGGACAGUGUAGGAGCAUUGGGUUACUUUGGAAAGAAGGAGAAGUGAUACCUUCUCUGCUUACAGAGGUACUUUUCUUUCCCUGGCUCAGGUUGUGAUAAGGUGUUGAACCCGCUCAAAAUGCUUCAGUGUUUGGCAAAUGCUUAAUUGUUACUGCUUUUGGACACAUUAUUUUGUUUUCCACACACUAAACAAUCAUGAUUAGGUUCUGUUUUCCCUACGUCUGAAAUGGCACACAAACUUGUACAGUAUGUACAGUACAUUAUCCCAGUUGGCAGCAAACCAUUAACUUCUUGCAAAUCAUUAGCGUGGUGGUGAUUGAAAAAAAUUCGGAAUCUACAAGCCUUUCCCCCCAUUGCAUGGGUUGAGCCAUACGGGGUACUGGCUUUUUAAUGUUUUAUUAACUAGACUUGCUUUGCUAUGAUAAAUUAAUUAUCUGUAUUAUUACCUCAUGAUCUUUGCCUUAAACAAAUGUUUCCACAUCAUGUAGAUUAACCUGUUCUUUCUAGUAAAGUUCCUUGUAAAUACCUUAACAUUUUGGAGUGUUAUCUGUUUUAUGAUGCUUAUUUAUUGUGAAAAUUAUGUUUUAAAUUAAUAAACAACAUUUUUCUUCUUUUA